UGGGCCCAGAGCCGAAAGAAAAACAUACUCGCUCAGUGGAUAAUUUCGCGCACGGAGAACGUGCCACCGACACGGACCAUUCUAAUUAAACAAUGAUCCGCUUAACGUACGGAUAAGAAGCACGUUUAAAGGAUUAUCGAGGCUUUUUUUUAGUGACGAGAGUGUGUGUGCAGCACCAGCCAACAUGAACUUGGGCAGAUCGAUACGCAUCAAUAAGUGUGGCGUGGUGAUACUGGGCCUGCUGUUUAUGUGCAUUCUGUACUAUCUCUGGAGCAGCAACAGUGCGAAUGCGGCCAGCUAUGCGUUCAGCAAGAAUCCGAACGAGAUCAACCUGCGCAAGCUGCUGAUCGGUUCGAUACAGGCUGCCCAGCACGGUGGCUUCGAGGUGGUGGCCGUGUCCAAGUCGCGCGAUCUGCACGAGCAAAGCAAGGGCAAGACGAAGGAGGGCGCCAACAAUCCGGUGACCGAUGCGGACUACCGGUCCAACUGUGUGAUGAAGAAUGGGCUGCUGCGAAUCUUCCCCAAGCUGAAGGUGAUCUCCGAGGAGGACGACCGGCAGGAGCAGUGUGCGGAUGUGCAGUUGUUCGAUCUCGACCCCACGGUACUGCCGGAGAGUGUGACCGUGCCGGACGAACGUGUCUCCAUCGAUGAGGUGGAUGUGUGGAUAGACCCGCUGGACGCGACGCAGGAAUACACCGAGCGACUCCACGAAUACGUCACCACGAUGGUGUGCGUGGCGGUGAAGGGCGUCCCAACGAUUGGCAUCAUACACAAUCCCUUCACGAUGAAAACGACCUGGGCGUGGCGCGGCAAGGCAUUGUCCGAGUCGCUCGUCAACCUGAAGCACGAUGCGGACGUGAAGCAUCCAACCAUCAUCGUGUCCCGGUCGCAUGCGGGCGCUGUGAAGGAACAGUCGAAGCAAAUAUUCGGCGAAAACGCACAAGUCAUAACGGCCGGCGGUGCUGGCUUCAAAGUGCUGCAGGUGAUACAGAACAACGCGACGGCGUAUCUGCACACGACGCACAUCAAAAAGUGGGACAUUUGUGCCGGCGACGCAAUACUCGGCGCAAUCGGGGGCAGAAUGAGCGAUUUGCACAAUGAAAACAUCGUGUACCAUCGGGAUACGCCGGCGCUCAACCCGAACGGGCUGCUGGUGGCGGCCCUUUCCUCGACGCACGAAGCGUACAUUAAGCGGAUAGUGGAGAGCAAGCGUUUCGUGCGGUAAGGCACCGCUGGGCGAUCUGCGCCAAAACAUAUCCACGAGGAAACCCGGGAAUGAUGCUGUAGUAUGUUUGUUUAUGGCAGCAGCAAGCAGUGUGUCCUAUUUCCAUCACUCGGCAUCACAUCACGAUUACGCGACAACUGUACCAUUAUGAUGAAAAGUGUGUGCGCACAGAUACAAUGCACAACGGCAGGCAAUUUUACCGCUAAAAGACACACCCGUUCACUUAUUUCUAGUAUUUGAUCUCAAUUUCAAUCGAAUACGCGUCGACCACAGACUAGAAAGGAGGAGCCGGUGGAGCAGGGGGCUUGACGAAAGCUGGAUGGCUUAUUGUCCUUUCGUUAGUUAGUUGAUUAGAUGACAAAGUUCCAUACUAAGAAAUAAAAGCAUCCGUAGCAUACCAAUUUGA